AACCGAUCGGCAGUGGGGUCUGGAGCUGCGAUAGUCAAAAGCUCAAAUCGUAUCGACACCACAAGACAUGAUGGACUGGGUCGCCUUUCGCAGUAGCUGGGUCGCUCACUUCAACGACCACGCCAACAAGCCCCCGCUCAUCGACGCCAUCAACGACCUUGACGCCCCGUGGCUGCGCCAUACUGUCUGCAGCAAUCUGGCGCUCUUUGGCCUCUUCCUCGGUGUUUACCGGCCUCGCCACCUCGAGAAGAUCGUUGUCGCGUGGGUUGUGAGCGCGAUGGGGCUGGCGCUCGCCGAUACGCUGGGCGUCCCGGCGGACUUUCGGGUGCCACUCACUCAGUUGCUGGCCGCAACUGUCGCGCUCCACGCCCGCUUUGGCUAUUUUAUCGUCUUUUGGCUUCAGAACGCCUCGGUCAUGCUCCACUUCUUGCCAUCGUCGAUGUCGUCGCCGCACCGGGACGCUGCCGCUCUCCUCUACGGUGCUGGCUUUGUCUUCUAUGGAAGAAACAGUGUGGGUGCCGGACUAAAGGCGAUGGAACGAUACGCGCCGGCGCUGGUCGCCGUUGGUCUCAUCCUGUUGAGCGUCCUCGCGUACGUUGGACCUCUCUCGAAACCUGUGCUGUUGGCGGUUGUGUGCAGUAUCGCUGUCCCGCUGCUCGUGCGUCCGUACCAAGACGAUCGCGCCCAACGUGCGAAGAAGCACGACUAGCAAGAUGAUAAAAGUUGGGAUGACAACAACGAAUGUACUAAACGACUAGAGUUUCCACGAAAAACA